AUGGACAUUGCGGAUCACGAACGCGGUGAGAAGCACCUCGAGGGCGAGGAUGUGGGCCUGGAGGCUCUUACCGGGACUGUGGCCAACAUCCACUUGGAUAGUCCCGAGGCAAAAAAGGUGUUGCGCAAAAUUGACCUUCACCUGCUACCGCUUCUCUGCUUCACCUAUCUGAUCCAGUUCUUGGACAAGUCAUGUGUCUCUUAUGCUGCUCUAUGGGGUAUGAAGACGGACGCACAUCUCGUAGGCGAACAGUAUGCUUGGCUCACCACUAUCUUCUAUAUCGGGUACAUGGUCAGCGAGUUUCCAACCAAUGUCCUCUUCCAACGAUUCAACAUUGCCCGCACCUGCGGUAUCUUCAUCAUCCUAUGGGGGAUUGUUCUUCUUUGUAUGACUGGUGCCAAUAACUUCGCCGGCCUCUUGACCGCGCGCCUGUUUCUCGGCGCGCUAGAAGCUGGUGUCAGCCCGUGCUUUGUUCUUCUUACGUCCAUGUUCUACACGAAGAGCGAACAGCCGUUCCGAACUGGCAUUUGGUUUUCGAUGAAUGGCUUGGCGAACAUCCUUGGUGGCCUCAUCGGAUACGGCAUUGGAUUUAUCAAUGCUGACAUUCCUGCCUGGAAGUUUCCCUUCGUCAUCUUUGGAUCGAUCACCAUUGUUUGGGGAUUCGUUUUUCUGUACUUUGCACCUUCUAACCCAAUUAAAGCUAAAUGGUUGACACCGGAGGAGAAGGCAAUUGCCGUUCUUCGUCUGGCCGAGAACGAAACCGGUAUCGACAAUAAGAAGUUCAAGUGGUACCAAGUCAAGGAAGCCUUGGUUGACCCCAGUUUUUGGCUGCUGAACCUGAACACUCUAGCCAAUUGCAUUCCUAAUGGAUCUGUCUCUGCAUUUGGGCCAUUGAUCGUAAAUGGAUUUGGAUUCACUAAAUUUCAGUCAACAUUACUCAAUAUGCCUAGUGGUGCCGCUCAGAUCAUGGCACUGUGGACUGCCGGAUUCAUCACCAUGAAGGUUAAAAACGUCCGACAUUUCGUUGCGAUAGGAGGUGUACUUGUUGCCAUUAUUGGUUCUGCUUUGAUUUACGCUCUCCCUGAUUCCCAUCGCGUUGGAAGGCUAAUUGGUUACUAUCUUCUUGUUGGAUUCAGCGUUACAUUUGUGCAAAGUCUCAGUCUCGUCCAGGCGAACGUUGCUGGAAGAACGAAGCGGACCAUGUUCACAUCGUCAGUUUUCGUUAGUUACUGCGUUGGUAACCUGAUCGGGCCGCAGCUUUUCUUCGAGCGUGAGGAGCCUCGUUACCAAUCAGGCUUCGCGUCUAUGCUUGUCUGUUUUGGUGCCCAAGUCUUCUUCAUGGGACUGCUUUACUUCGUCAAGGCGAGAGACAAUCGCAAGCGUGAUCGCUUGGCUGGCGACACCCCCGCAGCUGGAGUGCAUGAUAUCAUUGUUCUCGGUCUCUCGGAUAAGACUGAUAAAGAGAAUCUUCACUUCCGAUACGAGCUUUAA